UCCUCCAGCCGUGGAUGCCUUUGACAGUAUGACUGCAGAGGAUUCCACCACAGCCAUGAACAGCGAUCCAACAGUGGGGUCUUCCUCCAAGGUGCCAGAGGGCGUGGCGGGCGCGCCCAAUGAGGCUGCACUGUUGGCUCUGAUGGAACGCACUGGCUACAGCAUGGUACAGGAAAAUGGGCAGCGCAAGUAUGGUGGGCCCCCACCCGGCUGGGAGGGCCCGCAUCCCCAGCGAGGCUGCGAGGUCUUCGUGGGCAAGAUCCCGCGUGAUGUGUACGAAGAUGAGCUGGUGCCUGUGUUCGAGACAGUAGGCCGUAUCUACGAGCUGCGCCUCAUGAUGGAUUUCGACGGCAAGAACCGUGGCUAUGCCUUCGUCAUGUACUGCCACAAGCACGAGGCCAAGCGAGCUGUUCGUGAGCUCAAUAACUACGAGAUCCGCCCGGGCCGCCUGCUGGGCGUGUGCUGCAGCGUGGACAACUGCCGCCUCUUCAUCGGUGGCAUCCCCAAAAUGAAGAAGCGUGGGGAGAUCCUGGAGGAGAUCGCCAAGGUCACCGAGGGCGUGCUCAACGUGAUCGUGUAUGCCAGUGCCGCAGACAAGAUGAAAAACCGAGGCUUUGCCUUCGUGGAGUAUGAGAGCCAUCGUGCUGCAGCAAUGGCUCGCCGCAAGCUCAUGCCGGGUCGCAUCCAACUGUGGGGCCACCAGAUCGCUGUGGAUUGGGCUGAGCCAGAGAUCGAUGUGGACGAGGAUGUGAUGCAGACGGUGAAGAUCCUCUACGUGCGCAACCUCAUGAUCGAGACUACUGAGGAGACCAUCAAGAGGAGCUUUGGCCAGUUCAACCCAGGCUGCGUGGAAAGGGUCAAGAAGAUCCGCGACUAUGCCUUUGUACACUUCACUAGCCGUGAGGACGCAGUGCACGCCAUGAACAACCUCAAUGGCACAGAGCUGGAAGGCUCCUGCUUGGAAGUCACGCUGGCCAAGCCUGUGGACAAGGAGCAGUACUCCCGCUACCAGAAGGCAGCCAAGGGUGGUGGUGGCUCAGCAGAAGCGGUAGCCCAGCAGCCCAGCUACGUGUAUUCCUGUGACCCUUACACGUUGGCCUACUAUGGCUACCCCUACAACGCGCUCAUCGGGCCCAACAGGGACUACUUCGUGAAAACAGGCAGCGUAAGAGGCCGAGGGCGAGGUGCAGCUGGAAACAGAGCCCCAGGGCCCAGGGGUUCCUACCUUGGAGGAUAUUCUGCUGGCCGUGGCAUAUAUAGCCGAUAUCACGAAGGCAAAGGCAAACAGCAAGAAAAAGGAUAUGAACUUGUGCCAAAUUUGGAAAUCUCUACUGUCAGUCCAGUUGCCAUUAAACCUGGUGCAGUGGCCAUCCCUGCCAUCGGUGCCCAGUACUCCAUGUUCCAGGCAGCACCAGCCCCUAAAAUAAUCGAAGAUGGCAAGAUCCACACAAUGGAACACAUGAUCAGCCCCAUUGCCGUGCAACCUGACCCUGCCACUGCCGCUGCUGCCGCCGCCGCAGCUGCCCAUGCUGCUGUUAUUCCUGCAGUAUCCACACCGCCACCUUUCCAGGGCCGGCCAAUAACUCCUGUGUAUACCGUGGCACCAAAUGUUCAGAGAAUUCCCACUGCUGGCAUCUAUGGGGCCAGCUACGUUCCCUUUGCUGCUCCUGCUACUGCCACGAUCGCCACACUACAGAAGAAUGCUGCGGCCGCCGUGUACGGGGGCUAUGCUGGCUACAUACCUCAGGCCUUCCCCGCUGCUCUCCAGGUGCCCAUCCACGACGUCUACCAGACUUACUGAGACCAGAGCCAAGACAAGCCACCAAACAUCGCUGAAGGAACACUUUAUUAUUUAUGAAGAAAGAACGUGUCAGAUUGGCACACAUGCAAAACCUGCAAGUGAAGAAUGUUAGCGAAUAUCACAUCGAAAUAUUUUAUAUCCAUGAAGUUUUCACACUUUUUUUUUUUUAAAGACUUUUCAACUUAGCAGGCCUGCGUUCAUACAUUUCUAAGAGACUUGCAACGCCUCAUGCCUUAAUACCAUCUUAUAAAAUUUGUAUGCUCUACUGCAUUUGUACAGAGGUUUGGUUUUGUUUUUUAAGGAUAUAUUUUCAGUAUGAAGGUUAUUUUCUUAACUUCUGCACUCCAGAGAUUUCUAUUUUGUAGAACCUUUCAAAAUAUAUCAGCUAUAUAUAUAUAUUAUAAAAAAAAAAAAAAGCACAUCCAAGCAUCUAGGGAACUAUUUUUAAAACUAUAUUCAAUAUUUAAAGAUACAAACUGUAGUGCUUUGAAAUGCUACAUAAAACCUUAUUUUUAAAGGUGAUGCUGGAAAGUGCAAUUUCAAAAUGAGUAAAAAUCUCUGCUGUAUUCCCUGGCAUUAAGGGUUGAGGGUAUUGCCAUGUAUUCUCAUCAUGGUUUCUGUUUUGUGGGUUGGUUUUGCUUUGUCUUGUUUUAGUAACAAUCGUUACACCCAGAGUCCCAACACUGGAAAGCUCUCACCCUGUUUCAUUACCUCGGGCUUACUCUCCCUGGGUCUUUGUUGGCUAUCCCAGCACCCCCCCCCACCCGCCCCUCCUCCUUCCCUACCUCCAGUACAACUUUUAUUCUGAGAAGGACAACUGAUGCCUUUUAUAUACUUCUUCCUUGGAUUUUGUUAGGGUCUUUUAGUUUGUUUGAAGGUAUUACCUUCUAUAUGUGUUUUCAGUAGCAGAGUACAUGUAAGGACAAAAUUUUACCAUGUUUCCAUAAGACAUCUUUGCAUAGCUAUUUAAUUGUUCAGUAUGUAACUUUCUAAUGCUUUUAUUUUUGAAGUCUGAGUUUUUAGAGACCAAGAAUGUAUAGAUAAGACCUUCAAGAUUGGCUAACAGGAAGUUAAGCUUCUAGCUGCCUUCUUGUGUUUCUUGCAGAAUGUCUGCCAUCAUCAGGAGUGUUGGAAGCAUUGUGUUUGUCAACAAAGCUCCCCUAGGUUGCUUUGCAUUUGGUAGAUGAACAUGGGGCAUAUGAAUCCAGGAGGAGGAGCAACCUGUAGGAGUCAAAGGGGAGCUUGUGAAUAACUUCUGAUGCUUGCUUGUAGUCCUUUUGUGUUGCCAAAGUUCAUGGUAUCUAAGUGAAAUGCAAAAUGCAGCCAUUUUAUUUCAAUAUUAUUCAAGUGUUUGUUAUUUUAUUUUUUAAGAAGUAAAAACACAGAUGCAGUGUUCUGUUUAAAGGCUUCUCUUCUGCAGAGUGAAUGUAAAAUACAGUAAAAUGCGAAUAUUGUCAUCUAUUGUAUGAAUUAUAUCAUCUUUUUAAAAGUCUCAGUCAAGGACGUGAGGUGUGCAAUAAGGUGCACAAUAAGACACACAGUUGUAUUUUAUGUCAUAACAAAGUUCAUCAAAUCUUUCUUCCCACCAGAGUUUGCUAAUGGGCUUAACUCCUAUUUGUGGAUUAGUCCCAGGAUUGUGCCCUUAGCCAAUGCUCUUAGAUAGUUGUUUAAUUUUUUUUCUCUUCUUUUAAAUUAAGAGAUUCUCAAAUGCCUUUUUCCUCCUUUUGAUGAGAUGGAUUUUUAUAUAUAAGGAGUAUUUAUUGAACUAUUCUAUAAAAUGGUCGAAUGCCUGCUAAGGCCUUAACUUUUCCUCUCCAUCCUGGUUGAAUGGCAUAAAGUAGCUGUGCAAUGUUCUGAGGAUUCACCCAGGAAGUUGCACCCACACUGACGUGUUGGGAUGAGGACUCCAUAAAAGGUACCUCCUACCAGGUCCUCCUCCCUUGACUUGUGGGAACGAAGUGUCGAGGACAGUCCCAAGAGGUCCUCCGAUGGAACACUGACCCCAUGUUCUUGCUGUAUUUUACAAGUGCCGGGAAAACGUUUGCAAAAGAACCCAAUAAUAAUAAAAGGAAAAACUGCACUAUCUGAAUGUGGCCACUACCUUAGCCAUGAGCUUUGGUGGCUGCCGCUAAGCAUCAGUGGCCCUGUGGUCUCACCUAUCCCUACUGUCUCACAACCAUUUCAUGUACACUACUGAGGUAAGUUUAUAACUUGAAAUGUGAACUUUUUUUUUUUUUUUUUUUUUUUAGGAUUAAGAACAAACUAAUAUAAAUGUUUUUAAACGUUUAAAAGUUUUAGACAUGCUACUAGUUUAGUUUUUAGCUUGGUAUUUGAAAAGCUUUCUAGACCUUGCUGCAUUUACAGAGUACAUUCUUAGGAUGUAUGUGGUAAAUAAAGCUUUCUUUAAAGCAGU